AAGGAGGAACUGAAAAUUGUCACGUGGAUUGUUAUAUUUACAAACACACGCUAUGACUUCACUUAAAGUCCUUUCCACAAAACAGUCAUCAUCUGUUUUGUCGGUGCAGUGAUCCAACAUGGCUUUCAAGGACAUGAUUAUAUUAUGGAACGAUGGCGUUAAUUCAUACCUGGAAGAGGAAUUUGAAGAGGCCAUAUCCAAGUUCCAACAGAUCGAAAAUCCGAAUGCACGUAUCUUUUACAACAUCGCCUUUUCAUACCUCCAGCUAAAUAGACUAGAUGAUGCAAUAAACAACUUGAGGGAAACAGUGCAAAAGGAUCAACAUCUGGCCAUAGCCCAUUUUUGUAAAGGACUUGUUGAAGCAAAACUUCACAGAUAUAGAGAAGCCAUUGCAGAUUUUGAUAAUGCUGUUGAGAGACUACGGUCGGCCACCUUUAUAGACUACACCCAGAUAGGAAUGGCAUACAAACUGACACUGUCUGAGAUAUGGAUUGCUAAGGCCACAGCCAUGACGAUGAUGGGGAAACGUCAGGAUGCAGAGGAAUUUCUGAUUGCUGUCAGUCAACAGGAAGAUGAUGAGACCACAAAAAGGAACUGUAUCCAGGCACUACAAAAAUUGCAGGAUUUGAAAAAAGGUGUACCAGCAUUAAAGAGACGACUCUCUCUAAAUAGUCAAAGUUGGUUUCAUGGUCAUUUAUCAAGGCAGGAGGCAGAGACUAUGCUACACAAAGAAGGCGAUUUCCUUGUCAGAGAAAGUCUCAAGAAAAAGACAAAUGAAUUCCAGUAUGUUCUGUCGGUUCUAUGGCAGGGCUGUAGACACAUUCUCAUUUUGCAAGAUGAAGAGGGUUACUGGAAGUUUGAGAGUUAUUCUUUUCCUUCCAUACAAGAGUUAAUAGAGUAUCAACAAAGUAGUGGUAAACCGGUGACAAAACGCUCAAAGGCCUUACUAAAAAAUUCCAUUGGCCAGUCAAUUGUACAAGCGGAGCAGGCUCCAGAACUGUAUGAGCUGCCAGAUUCCUGUAUAUUUCAUCCAUCAAAAGAGCUAUUAAAGAAUGUAGAUAGAAGAAAUUAUCUUGGUAAAUCAAAGGUGAUUUCAGCCAUGGGUCAAACUGUGCGCAGGAAACAGAGAAAAUUUGCUAAAGGAGAUGAUGGAGAAGAUGAGAAUUUUGAGAGACCUGAUCAAGACAGUGUGCAUAUUUCAGAGAACUUGCUGCCAAGACCCAGGCCAAACAGAAAUCCACCAAAAUCCCCACUCACAAAGGCAAAACGUCAGUCUGAGUUUUCAAACAAAUCUUCCUCUAGUCGGAGUUCAGCAGACUCUGUACAGACAUUUUAUUCUCGGCGACCACCCCCAGCUUUGCCCCGAACUCUCAGCAGAUCGAUGGAGGAUUUGAGUAUUCAGAAUGAUUUGGCUGAAUAUGAAUCGGAACCUUUCAUUCAUGCUAGGCCAGUAAUACCUCCAAGGGGCAGAAUGUCUGCUGAUUUGGAACAUAUGUAUGUUAACACAAUGAAUACCAGAAAACCAGUGGAUAAUACUUUCAACAGUGAACUGACUAGUGCUUUAAAUAAACGGCUUAGCAAAGAUAAAUCUUAUGGCUCAACAUCAAGUCGGCCAGCAGCACCAGCAAGGCCUCCACCCCCUAGGAGAAACUGACAGCAUCAACGAUGAGAUUGAAAUAUGCAGCAUUUUUGUCUUCAAGUAAAGCAUAAGGUGAUAUGCUUACUAUGUUACUGUCUGAAAUACAUAAUUUUCUGUUGAUGACAUUUUCCAGUCUCCCCAGGGCCCGGGCUUGAUUUGUUUCCUUUGUACAAAUGUCUAUACAUUAUGUUCUCCAUUUGUGAGCAUGUCAAUCUGAUGUACGUUUGUAGAGAAUCUUAUAGGAAUAUGAGGGUAAAAAGAAAACUUUUACUUAUUCUAAACAAAAAUGUAAAAUUUGAAAUAAGUAAUUUAAGAGAUAAUGAGAUAUGGCUGAAUAAAAAGGUAUAUCUAUCUGCAUUGUUGGCAAACACAUUAAAUAUGUAGAUAAUGUCUUUGCACACACUCAAUUACAUGAAAGUAAAUAGUUUCAUAUUAAAUAUAUCGCAUUCAAAUUGAUAUCAAUGAAAUCAGUGAUAUAUACAACAGCAGGACAUCAUAAAUGUCCACUGUCACUCUUCAUCUGACCACUGUCAUUUUUCAUCUGACCACUGUCAUUCUUCAUCUGACCACUGUCGCUCUUCAUCUGACUGUUAGCUCACCUAAACCGAAGGUUCAAGUGAGCUUUUCUGAUCGCUUUUUGUCCGUCGUCUGUCUGUCUAUUAAACUUUUCACAUUUUCGACUUCUUCUCCAGAACCACUGGGCCAAUUUCAACCUAACUUGGCCAAAAGCAUCCUUGGGUGAAGGGCUUUCAAGUUUGUUCAAAUGAAGGGCCAUGUCCCUUUCAAAGGGGAGAUAAUCACAAAAAUGCAAAAAUAGGGUGGGGUCAUUUAAAAAUCUUCUCCUCAAGAACCACUGGGCCAGAAGAGCUGAAAUUUACCUGAAAGCUUCCUGACAUAUUGUAGAUUCAAAUUUGUUCAAAUCAUGGCCCCCGGUGGUAGGAUGGGGCCACAAGAGGGGAUCAAAGUUUUACAUACAAAUAUAUAGGGAAAAACUUUAAAAAUCUUCUUCUCAAGAACCACUACGCCAGAAAAGCUGAGAUUUACUUGAAAGCUUCCUCCUGACAUAAUGCAGAUUCAAGUUUGUUCAAAUCAUGGGCUCCGGGGGUUGGAUGGGGCCACAAUAGGGGAUCAAAGUUUUACAUACAAAUAUAUAGGAAAAAUCUUCUUCUCAAGAACUACUGAGCCAGAAAAGCUGAUUUUUACAUGAAAACUUUCUGACAUAGUGCAGAUUCAAGUUUGUUCAAAUCAUGGGCUCCGGGGGUUGGAUGGGGCCACAAUAGGGGAUCAAAGUUUUACAUACAAAUAUAUAGGAAAAAUCUUCUUCUCAAGAACUACUGAGCCAGAAAAGCUGAUUUUUACAUGAAAACUUUCUGACAUAGUGCAGAUUCAAGUUUGUUCAAAUCAUGGGCUCCGGGGGUUGGAUGGGGCCACAAUAGGGGAUCAAAGUUUUACAUACAAAUAUAUAGGAAAAA